GUGAAAGGGGAUCGUUUCGUUUUUCGUUUCAUUUCGUUUCGUUUCGUUUACAGAACAAACCCGUACCAUUGAGUUGGAACAGUGAAGGGACUAGCCGCUCAGCGCGGUCUACUUUCUGGAGCCCAAAACAGAAGGCCUUAACUGUCCCAAAGGUCGUACGCUCUUUCUCAUCUUACAAAGCAGCAAUGGUCUUGGCCAUCGAUUUUUCUUGCUGAGUUCUAACCGAGUUCACUCUGCCUCAGUCAUAUCCUUCCAGAGCAUCUCUGGAGUUAGUAGAGAUGGUUAAGAAAAAGAAUCCCCUAGUUUUUUUAGAUGUGUCAUUCAAUGGGAAUCCAGCAGAAAGAAUUGUCUUUGAGCUCUUUGCUGAUGUUGUCCCUAAGACGGCAGAGAAUUUCCGUGCACUCUGCACAGGUGAGAAGGGCAUUGGGAUUUCUACUGGGAAACCUCUUCACUUCAAGGGAUCAAUUUUCCAUCGCAUAAUUACUGGAUUUAUGGCACAAGGUGGUGAUUUUUCAAAGGGAAAUGGCACUGGUGGAGAAAGUAUUUAUGGAGGGAAGUUUGCAGAUGAGAAUUUUAAACUGGAUCAUAAUGGGCCUGGUCUUCUCUCCAUGGCCAAUAGUGGUCCAAACACAAAUGGGUCCCAGUUUUUUAUAACCUUCAGGCGCCAACCAUAUCUUGAUGGGAAACAUGUUGUUUUCGGAAAGGUUGUUCAAGGGAUGGAAAUUGUAAAGAAAAUGGAGCAGGUGGGAACAAAAGAUGGAAAGCCCGAUGGUAUUGUAAAUAUUGUAGAUUGUGGUGAAGCUUCACAGAGUAAAGCUCACAAUGUGUUUGGAGCACAGAGAGGAAAGAGGAGAAAAUCUGGUAAAGCUGUUUCUUCUGAGGAUAGUUCUGAUGUGCAAGAAAGAGGAAGACGUAAGAGAUCUCUCAAGGACAGAAGAAGGAAGAGAAAAAGAAAAUAUUCUUCGACUGAUUCAUACAGCUCUGAUUCUUCAGAUUCUCAUUCUUCUGAUUCUGAGUCUCUAUCAGAUUCAGACUCUGAUUCUGAUUCUGAUUCCUCACUAUCUGAUUCGAGUUCUUCCCGUGAUGGAAGGCGUAAGAAGAGAAGGUUAAUAAGAAGAGAUAAGCACCAGCGUAGUAGAAAGAGGAGGGGUGGACGAAAAGAGAAGAGGGGCCGGCAUCAUAAAAAAUCAAGGCGCAAAUCCAAAUGGAGUUCAGAGAGUUCAAGCAGUGCAGAGAGUGAGAAUACUAGCAGUAGCAGAAGCAGCUCUGGUAAUGAAAAAGCUAGUGGCCAUGUUUCUGCUCAUAAAGCAAGUAACAUGCAAGCUGAAAAUAGAUCAUCCCAUAAUCCUGAUAUAGGAAAUAAAUCCCCAACCCCUGUUGUUGGAAAAGGGGCCAUAGUAGAAAAGAAAAAGGCUCAUGACCCUAAGAUGAUAGGGGAGGACUCAUUGCAUGAAGAGGGUGAGUAUUUUCAGAAGAAUGAGGAGAUUCUCAACAAUGGAAAUGACACAGGUGGCAAAUCUGGUAAAACUGCCAAUCAACACCAUUAUUCAGAUGACUCGAACAAAUCCAGGAGCCUGACCCCACAGCUCAAAAGAGGAACCAAAAUCAGCCCAGAGAGAAGUCCAAGCACGAGCCCCAAAAGAAUUUCCAGGAUGAGUCCCAGGUGUCAGCAUUCUGUAGAUAGCCCAGCUAGGAAGUCUGGAAAGCAACGCCGACAUAGUUCAAGGAGUCCAUUAGGUAGUCUUGCCCGAAAAGAUCCUGAACCUUUACCACCUAAUCAUGGCCAGGGCUUGGUGAGAAGCCCUUCUCCAAAUGACACUUCAAAGCGCAUUAGAAAGGGGCGUGGGUUCACAGAACGCUACUCAUUUGCACGUCGGUAUCGUACCCCAUCUCCAGAGCAUUCACCUCCUAGGUCACGCCAAUAUGGCGGAAGGGAUGCUUAUGAAAGGAAUCGUGAUAGGUAUUAUAGGCGGUCACCACGAAGAUUCUAUGGAAGCUCACCAAGAGGAAGGAGUCCCCCCAGAUACCAAAAAAGUCGCCGAAGUAGAAGCAUCUCUCGCAGCCCAGGUGGUUAUCAUGGCCGUUACAGGUCUCGUAGCUGGAGUCCAAUAGGCAGGCAACCUGCCAUAAGUGAGGGGUUGAGGUCUCGUUUGGGAUCCCGAAUAGUUGACAAACAUUCUCCAGGCAAUAGAAGAUCAAAUUCAAGGAGCGGAGGAUCUUCCCAUUCUCGAUCUCCCGAUGCUGCUCGACUGAAGCAUGAUAGAGUGGUCUCUGCAUCUCCUACUAGCUCUAGAUCAAGUUCCCCAGCUGGGCAGAAGGGGUUGGUUUCUUAUGGAGAUGUUAGUCCUGAUAAUGGCACAACGUAGUUUUAUCUUGGAUGUGGAAAAGGAUUGAUGACAAACUUUGCGUGGUGUAGCUUUGCAUUGUGAUGUAAUUUGAAAAAUGUUAAUUGAUGGCCCAUCAUGAUUUCGUUUAAACAUAUUUUUGCAACCAUCUCAUAAUAUGCUCCUCAUGUUGGGCCUUUUUUGCUGAUUGCUCUUUACUUAGACCAAUCAAAGCUGGCUUUUGGUUUCAA